AACUACCCUACCUGCACCAACUAGACAGAAGGUUGCUGGUGUCAUUAUGCGGUGUUGUGACGUGUCCGAACCGAAUCGGUGUGUCCGUCAACCACCAAGAGUGUGCGUUCCGUCGCAAUGCUGGACUGACUGGCACUCGAGCGGCACGUGCCAGCAGCUGGUGACAGCACGGCACGGCACAGCCCCAAGGCGCGUCUCGUCAUGCCAUGGCCCAUGACGACGUCUGGAUUCGCGUAGCGUCGUCAUGGUUUCGCAUAGCGUGUCACGGAUGGGCCAUCCGGGCCGUCCAGCGCAUUCCGAAAUCCACGGGUCAGCAGCAUCCGAACGCCGCGACAGCCAGUGUAGGCAAACGGCAUGUGCGACGGGGAAUGAUGAUGCAAAGGAGUGCAGGAAGACACGAUAGCCACGAUGCGCUCAUGUUAGGUUUCAAAAAUCCACCCGCUCGUGAUGUUACUCCCAAGGGUGUACACCAUGUGCAUAUUAUGAUAGGCCUUCCGCAGUACUGAAUCACGAGAGGAAGUGCAAAUGACACGAUAGCCACGAUACGCGCAGGUUAGGUUUCAAGAACCCAGCUCCGUGGCGCCCCAUCAUCUUUCCAAACAACCACUGGUUUAUUCCUCUUUUUUGGACACCCUUUCCGGCGAAAGCAGGGCGCUCCGCGAAUCGUGAUGAUUCCGCGCGUGCUGCUCGUGGCGUUUAGCAGUUUCGGUUUGAGAUGUCCGAGAGAUAGCUAACACACGCUCUUUCCAGAAGCCGCCGUUUGUUUGCUACUAGCCUCCGGGCCGGCUACUAACACAAGAAACUAGCCACGGUUGGAAUUGGGGCGCCAGCGCGGCUAGAAUGACCCACACGGGAGGGUGGAACUUAGGGGCUCAUGCUGACAAAUUCCUUGGGUUCGACAGCUGGCUCACAGCUUGUAACCGUCAGUGACUGACAGCUGGCAGGGUUCCUUGGGACAGACAGCAUGAUCCGCCAAUGAAAGAACGAGCGGUUGGGAUGGGGGGCACCACCGCCAGUAUGACCCACACUGGAGGUCGUUUUUGGGGGCUCGCACACACUGUGAGGGUGGCAACCUGUCCGGCUCAUGCUGGCAGGUUCGUUGGGACGGACGGACAGCAAGAUCCGCCCACGAAAGAGAACCGCGCGGCGCGACCCGACUGAAUAGUUAUAUCCUGUAGUGGAUCAGUCUGACGGAGCACUGUCAUCCUGUAGUGGUUUACAGUCACAGGCGACAGCUACGGAACAGUUAUGGGGUCAGGGGAACAGUCAACAACAGAAUCAGUUUCGCACGGCACCACCAUCAUGUGAAGCAGUUGGUGCCGCUUUCGUGGAGAUCGGUUAGAAGCAGUUGGGCUCUGCGGUGCUGGAAGCCAGGGAGGCUGUAAAGGCGCCGGGGGGGGGGCUCUCUCCCGCCCCCUCCCCACAGGUUUGUGUAGCGCCGAUAGGAGCCUGCUUGCACGAUGUUUCACGGGCCGAGGUGAUUUUGAGUCGACUCAGAAGUAAAAUUCUCACGGAGGGGAAGAGAGGAGCCAGCUUGAACCAAGUGGUGCAGGCCGUGGCGUAUUGUGCCGCUUCCGCGGCAAAGGUGCGGCUGUUCCUGUAGUGCUCCGAAGCGGCAUGUGCGGCAUCAUGUGUGGGUUGUUGCUGCCUACCUGUUAGCGCCCCUCUUCACCACAAGGUUGGAUUAAACAGUGCUGAACGCUUCCCAGGAGCGCAGGAGCCAUAAAUGGCAAAUUUGCCUGAAAGAGUAAGAAGCCUCAAGUGGAAUAUGACUGGCCGCCUCUUUCUUGCUAGAAUUGCACCUCAAGAUAUCGACUAUUGGCCCUCUGACAAGUUGGUACUCUUCUUGAUCUACUGGACGGCCCAUGGUUUCUCCUGGUAUUCCGGCGGACUAAGCACUAGCAGGCAGAUCUUUUGCUCCCUGAUCGUUCACCCUCGAGCUCCUCGCAUCCCCCCUUCCCCCUGGCCAUUCUCUCCGCCUCCGAACCUCCGCUUUCCACUUUUGAGACGUCUCAAACCUGUACCUCUGCACUCCUUGGCGUUCUAGCCAACGCUGCCUCAAUUCCUCGCUUUAGUCGUCCCAACCAAUCCCAACACUA